AAAUUGUUUUUAAUUAAUAAAGGAAGAGUAUGAAUAACCUCUACGAAAAUUAAUUAACCUUCCUCAACCAAUAUCAACUUAAGAAGAAAUGUGAAUUAUUAAGAAUGAUUACGAAAUUCUCUGUAUGUUUUUCAUACUUGUUUGGUUUUUAUCAAAUGUAUUAUGAUUAUUUUUUAUUUUAGUUAGAAGAAAAAAUUAUGAGACUCAACGCAAUUGAUUCAUUUAAAAGAAGCAUUUAUGAGAAAAGCCAACGUGGAGAAGUAAUAACAACAGAUGAACUCGAUCAAAUUUCAGCAAAUGCUAUUGCUCGAAUUCUAUUAGAAUCACAAAUUCAAACUUCUCAAGGCUCAAUAUUUGCAGCUACGACAUCAUAUAGUACAAUACAAACCAGUAUAGUAACAGACACAACAUCUUUAAUAACACAAAUUUCAGAAGUUAGUCCAGUACCACUCCUUAUAUCUUUACAUGAUAAACUUGAUUAUCAUACUUAUCAGACACGUCUAUUAACCGAUACUGCCGAAGAAAAUCGUGUUGCACUUAAGCGUCUUACAAUAAUGAUGUCGCAUUUAUUGGAUAAUAAUACGAAAGCAACAAUAAAUUAUACAGUUGAUGAAGAAAAACAACGUAUUGAACCUAUGCUACAUGUUGACAACGUUGUUAAAACAGAUGAUCAUGUAUUACCUCUAUCAUAUAAUGUUGAUGCGGAUCCGGAUCAAUAUCCAUGGGUUGUAGCAUUAAGUAGAGACGAUCGUAAUCGUUGUGGUGGUAUCUUAAUUGAUAACCAACAUGUUCUAACUACUGCUCAUUGUAUUGGUAUUCGUUAUACGGUUGUACGUUUAGGUAGUCAUUUAUAUGAUCAAGGCGAAGAAGUAAAACCUAGUUUUUAUUGUGUUCAUCAUGCAUAUUCAUCAGCAAAUUAUUAUCGAAAUAAUUUAGCAAUAAUACGUCUUGCUAAACCUGUAUCUGUUCUACAACCACUAAAUCGUGUAUCAACAAUUGAUAUAUGUAAUUCAACUAAUAUUAGAAAUACAACUGUAUCAUCAAAUACAGUUGAUCUUCGAAUGGUUGGUUGGGAUUUAAAUUAUAAUGGUUUUCCGAAAAAUGCAUUACAACAUGCUCGAGUAGCUUUAACUAAUACUUCAAGGUGCACGGGAUCAAGUAAAUAUACGGAUGUAUGCGUUCAACGUCGACCAAAUACCAGUCCAAUGGGAACAUGUAAAAGUGUUGGUGGCAGUGGAUUAUUUCAACAUACAAAUUCAAUGAACCACUGGUGUGUACUUGCUGUUGCUAGUUCAUCCAAUACUAAGAAUUGUGAAGAGACAGAGUUGUCAACAUAUGUUAAAGCAGCAAGUCCAGAUUAUACCGAUUGGUUUAAAAAUGUAUUAGAUAGAAACAAAUCUUUUGAUGAUUUAAAAAAAGCACAAAAAUGUAAAACACAUACAUUGGCACAACAACUUUGUCUACGUGCUUCAUGUUAA